CGGACCGCGGACUGCGUCACGUGACUCGUGCGCUCUCAUCUGAAUGCGUGAGUGGCGAAAUUCGGCGAUCGACUCGCAGCUUUUGGGGAAUCGCGGCGCCGCGAUUCGGCUGCGUGUGGCGGCGCCAUGAACGCCAGCGUGUGCUACAAGUGCAACCGACCGGGCCACUUUGCCCGCGAGUGCCCCAACAACAGGGCACCGCUGGGCGCCAGGGGCCGAGCAGCUGGAGGCAAGGAGAAAUGCUACAAGUGCAACCGGUUCGGCCACUUCGCCCGCGACUGCAAGGAGGAGGAGGACAGGUGCUACCGAUGCAACGGAGUCGGACACAUUGCCAAAGAAUGCCAGCAGAGUCCUGACGAACCAUCCUGCUACAACUGCAACAAGAUGGGACACAUAGCCAGGGAGUGUCCGGACAUCAGGAAGACGUGCUACGUCUGUGGACAGGGCGGACACAUCAGCCGCGAGUGCGAGCAGGAUGACAGGAAGUGUUACGCCUGCGGAAAAAUCGGCCACAUUUCGGUCGACUGUCCCAGUGGAGAGCAAGAGGAGAAAAAGUGCUACCUUUGCAGCAGCCUUGGCCACAUCUCCAAAGACUGUCCAAGCACUGAAGGCGCUGAAGAGGAUAUUGUCUGCUUCAGGUGCAAUGGUCGCGGCCACAUCGCCCGAAACUGCUCUGGUGGGACCCGGAUGAAAUGCUACAACUGCGGGGAAAUGGGCCACUACGCCAGGGAUUGCGUGCAGCAGGUGGCCGCCUGAGCAAAACAAUUGUGAUCCGAGACACGAAGACGACCUGAGGUUGAAGAGCGGAAUAACGUGCUAUUGCUGUUAAUCACUUAAUAUUCACAUGACAAAUUGUUUAUUUUUAUCGUUUUUACGUUAAGUCUAGUCUGUGUUAUAUUGUUUUUGUUGAUACGAGUUUCUUUUUCUGUUGACUUUUGGGAAUAAUGUAUAUUAAAUCUUGUAUAAAAUAAAUAUACUGCGAGAUGGGGUGUGAAAAGAAGAUGUAUACCCAAGAAGUACAAAGUACUUAAAAAACAAAGAGUUUGGAUAUGGAGCCGAACACACGUUUUUUGGAAUUAUUUUUACGUUGUACAAGAUGAGAGCUCAAGCGACUCCUUUUGCUGAUCAUGUGGUGUUGUUUAUCCCUCCAGAAAUUUGCCUUCUUGGCCCAAGAUGGUGAUGGACACAAUUAUAUUAUAAUUAUAAUAUGUACAGAGAAUGUUACAAAAAUGCUUAGCGUUUGAUGAACGUGGGGGAAAAUAAAGCAGGUCUUUGGCUGCAGAUAUGAUAUGAAAAUGGAAAAAGAAAUGUGAAUAUGAAAAACGUAAUUCCAGGUCAUAUUGUCAUUUGAGAAUUUUAUCAAUUUAAAAAACGACUUAGUGUAUAUCAUUGCUGAUAAAAUGAUUCAUUGAUUGAAAAGGUUAAAAACCUGAAAACAAUGUUAUUAUAUGAAUAAAUAUAGUAUAUAGAGAAAAAUAAACUCGAUGAUGAAUGCGCCAAGCAGUGGAGAUA